AUUAUGGGAGAAGUUGAUCGUUGAAAUGAUAAUUGAUACACCAGAAGUACAAGAUAUCAAUUCUUUUUCCCGAUUGGAAUACUUAAAAGAGGUUUAUGGGAUCAUAUGGAUGCUUGUACCUAUUUUUACUCCUGUAUUGGGAAUCACAAUAGGUGUACUAGCAAUUGUGUGGUUAGAAAGAGAAAUAUCCGCAGGGAUACAACAACGUAUUGGACCUGAAUAUGCCGGUCCUUUGGGAAUUCUUCAAGCUCUAGCAGAUGGCACAAAACUACUUUUCAAAGAGAAUCUUCUUCCAUCUAGAGGAGAUACUCGUUUAUUCAGUAUCGGACCAUCCAUAGCAGUCAUAUCAAUUCUACUAAGUUAUUUAAUAAUUCCUUUUGGCUCUAACCUUGUUCUAUCCGAUCUCAAUAUCGGUGUUUUUUUAUGGAUCGCCAUUUCAAGUAUUGCUCCCAUUGGACUUCUUAUGUCAGGAUAUGGAUCAAAUAAUAAAUAUUCCUUUUUAGGUGGUCUACGAGCUGCUGCUCAAUCAAUUAGUUAUGAAAUACCAUUAACUCUAUGCGUGUUAUCAAUAUCUCUACUAUCUAACAGUUCAAGUACAGUUGAUAUAGUUGAGGCGCAGUCAAAAUAUGGUUUUUGGGGGUGGAAUUUGUGGCGUCAACCUAUAGGGUUUAUCGUUUUUCUAAUUUCGUCCCUAGCCGAAUGCGAAAGAUUGCCUUUUGAUUUACCAGAAGCAGAAGAAGAAUUAGUAGCAGGUUAUCAAACCGAAUAUUCGGGUAUCAAAUUUGGUUUAUUUUACGUUGCUUCUUAUCUAAAUCUACUAGUUUCUUCAUUAUUUGUAACAGUUCUUUACUUGGGAGGUUGGGAUCUCUCUAUUCCGUACAUAUUUGUUCCUGAGUUUUUUGAAAUAAAUAAAGCGGGUGAAGUCUUUGGAACGACAAUUGGUAUCUUUAUUACAUUAGCCAAAACUUAUUUGUUCUUGUUCAUUCCUAUCACAACAAGAUGGACUUUACCUAGGCUGAGAAUGGACCAACUAUUAAAUCUUGGAUGGAAAUUUCUUUUACCUAUUUCUCUAGGUAAUCUAUUAUUAACAACUUCUUCCCAACUCCUUUCACUGUAAAAGAAUACGAUAUUCACAACUUGUCUCAAACAAGAGAAAGAAACAAACAAUAAAUUACUCAUUAGAUAUUCACGAUAUGUUCCCUAUGGUAACUGGGUUCAUGAAUUAUGGUCAACAAACAGUACGAGCUGCAAGGUAUAUUGGUCAAAGUUUCAUGAUUACCUUGUCCCACGCAAAUCGUUUACCUGUAACUAUUCAAUAUCCUUAUGAAAAAUUGAUCACAUCGGAGCGUUUCCGCGGUCGAAUCCACUUUGAAUUUGAUAAAUGCAUUGCUUGUGAAGUAUGUGUUCGUGUAUGUCCUAUAGAUCUACCUGUUGUUGAUUGGAAAUUGGAAACUGAUAUUCGAAAGAAACAAUUGCUUAAUUACAGUAUUGAUUUCGGAAUCUGUAUAUUUUGUGGUAAUUGCGUUGAGUAUUGUCCAACAAAUUGUUUAUCAAUGACUGAAGAAUAUGAACUUUCCACUUAUGAUCGUCACGAAUUGAAUUAUAAUCAAAUUGCUUUGGGUCGUUUACCAAUGUCAGUAAUUGACGAUUACACAAUUCGAACAAUUUUGAAUUCACCUCAAAUAACAAGUGAAUAAACGCAUUGAUUCAAGAACAAUUAUCAAUUAUUAAGACUCAGUUUUGAUCUAAAGUAAUAAUAAAGUAAUGAGGUUUCUUUCUUUUUGCUUGGUCAAUAACUACAAAUCCCAACUAUUUAUUUGUUGGUGAGAAUCAUGGCUUAAUUUGGAUUGAAAAUCUAUUUAUAUAUCCGGAAUUAUUUCGAAAUAUAUAGGUUUUGAACUACUCUUUCGGAUAAAGAAUGAAAUUGGUCCAAUAACUGUAUCUACAUCAAUCCACAUCUAUUAGUAUUUAAUUCAAUUAGGCGGUUUCAUAAAAAAAUAGGGUAGGGUAACUUUUUCCUGGUCAGGUCAAUAAGGUCAUGAAACAUUUCGAUUUUUUAUCUUUUAUUUUUAAUGGAUUUACCUGGACCAAUACAUGAUUUUCUUUUAGUCUUUCUGGGAUCAGGUCUUAUAUUAGGAGGUCUAGGAGUGGUAUUACUUACCAAUCCGAUCUAUUCUGCCUUUUCAUUGGGAUUGGUUUUUGUUUGUAUAUCCUUAUUCUAUAUUCCAUCAAACUCCCAUUUUGUAGCUGCUGCACAGCUCCUUAUUUACGUGGGAGCUAUAAAUGUUUUAAUCAUAUUUGCUGUGAUGUUCAUGAAUGGUUCAGAAUAUUACAAAGAUUUUAAUCUUUGGACCGUUGGAGAUGGGGUUACUUCGGUAGUUUGUACAAGUAUUUUUGCUUCACUAAUUACUACUAUUCUAGAUACGUCAUGGUACGGGAUUAUUUGGACUACAAGAUCAAACCAAAUUAUAGAGCAAGAUUUGAUAAGUAAUAGUCAACAAAUUGGAAUUCAUUUAUCAACAGAUUUUUUUCUUCCAUUUGAACUAAUUUCGAUAAUUCUUUUAGUUGCUUUGAUAGGUGCAAUUGCUGUGGCCCGUCAGUAAUAAAUCUUUAAGCAAUCCAAAUCAAAACUUUUUCUAUCUUAUCACAUUCAUUUCCCUUCAAUUAUAUUUGAAGAUUCUUCAUGUAUAAAAUAGAAAUGCUUUUAGUUCGAUCUAUUACUAAUAUAUUUUUUUGUUCCGUACUUGUUA